AUGUUUUCUGCAGCUUCAGUCAGAGGAGCAAGACACAGGUUUUCCUACGCAUCCAAUAGACAUAGCUUAUUCGGGCUAUGCUUAGUUGAAAAUGUUCCGACUAUUGCAUCAUCCCCUACCAGAUAUUUUCGAUCUCUUACUCCUUACUCCAUACAUCCAAGAACUUACAGCAUACCAAGACAUCUUUCAAAAUUACCCCCUCUAUGUUCUCCAUCAGCUUUUGUUUCACAGCUGAGAUCAAAUGUCACUGGAAGCCAAGGUAAUCAGGCAAACUGGCUACCUUCCAGAUACAUAAGUAAUUCAUCAGUUGAACUGAAGACCCAAAAUGAUGUUGUACGGUUCUCUCUGUAUAAGCCCGGCGAUAUUAGUUCUGGAAUGAAGAGCCCAAAUAAAAAAACAAUGAAAAAAUCUAAAAGGGCCAAAGUGAAUGAGCUUAAAUACUAUCGUUUGAAGGCAAAACAAAAGAUGCAUUCUCCUAACCCAGAAGUUAGAAUUCGCUAUAAGCUUGAAAAGGCCAAGAGAAAGGAAACAUGGUUGAUUGAAAAGCUUAGGAAAUUUGAUGUUCCGAAGCUCCCAACAGAAACAUUUGAUCCUGAAAUUUUAACCGAGGAGGAGAGGCAUUACCUGAAGCGCACUGGAGAGAAAAAGAAACAUUAUGUUCCAGUUGGGAGACGAGGAGUGUUUGGUGGGGUAGUUCUAAACAUGCAUCUUCACUGGAAGAAUCAUGAGACGGUGAAGGUUAUAUGCAAGCCCUGCAAACCCGGUCAAGCUCAGGAAUAUGCUGAAGAGCUGGCUCGACUGAGCAAAGGCAUUGUGAUUGACAUCAAACCUAAUAAUAUCAUCAUUUUUUACCGAGGAAAGAACUAUGUACAACCCAAAGUAAUGUCACCUCCAGAUACAUUAUCAAAAGCGAAGGCCUUGGAGAAAUAUCGAUAUGAGCAGUCCCUUGAGCAUACUAGUCAGUUCAUUGAAAAGUUGGAGAAAGAGCUUGAAGAGUAUCAUGAGCACGUUGCAAAGUUUAAAAAAGGGAAAGAGGAUACAACUUAA